UUCGCCUCUUCCUUCUCUGUCAACUUUUGUUUUUUCCGUCACUCCUUUGGACGCCUACACUCUUUUCCACAAACAAGAACCCACGGUUACUUUCUUUCCUCAACCAGAAUCACUCCGUCAUCCGUUUCCUUCUCUACCGCCGCCAUUGUAGCCAAAGACACAGCGUCACUGUGGACUUAUACCUACGCACGCCCAUCGAUCGAUACCGAACGCCCCCUUCGGACCCCUCCAUCUCCGCUUCCCAUAACCACACUCGCUCAUCCACUCAAACUCGACUUCCACUCCCACCACCUCACCAAAACCAACAACACCAACAACAACAAUGUACACCAAGACCCUCGUUCUCGCCCUCGUCGGCUCCCUCUUCUCCCUCGCCUCGGCCCAAUCCGCACCGGGCUGCUACCUCGGCGCCAUAAACUCGUUCGACGACCCGUCCAACAUCGUCGCCGUGUGCAAGAGCAGCGACGCCGUGGCCAAGAUUGCCGAGUUCUGCUCGGGCCAGGGGGAGAGGGAUGCGGCGCUGAAGGCGUUCAAGGAGGUUUGUGGGGGGAAGGGGGUGCAGGUUUCCACAGACAUCCCCUCCCCUACCGCCUCGGGCAACGUCACUCCAUCCGGUAAGGGCGCCCCCCCUACGGGCUCUGUCAGCGGUGGAUCCACGCCUACCGGUUCGUCGUCCCAGGGCACUGGUGCUGCAGGCAAGGUCGAGAUGGGCGCCGCCGCGGUGGUUGUUGCCGGAUUGGCCCUGUUCUUGUAAACUGGUGUGAUGGGAAAAUCGUGGAUCCCGGUGAAGAUGGGGACAUAAGGGAUUGCGAAAUCGCGCUGGUGUGCGAUUUGCGCGGUAGUGGGCAGGAUGGAUUGGGAUGCUGUGCGGUAUUGCAUCGGAUGAGUGCAGGGGAUAGUUCUUGAACUCUGCUUUUUCAUGGUGUGGAGCGUUGUUUAAGGGAUGCCGGUUCUCGUUUGGCAACUCCGCUACGGGGCGUGCUUUUGCGGGGCGCUCUUGUCACUGAACCGUCUUCCGUCCAUCUUGGAAGGGGUUUCCUGGUAUAGAAUAUACCGUUCUUCUUUUCACUUGUGUUAGAGUCUUAAUGGUGAUGCGGUGUUGCUGUU